CGUUCGAUAAGGUAGCCUCGAGAAACAGAGGGGGGUCACGUGACGGUUCCAAUAUGGCGGCGCCGUGUCGCCGUCCACUCCCUCAGAGGGAGUCGCGUCUCUUCCGGAUCGUGGAGCCCGGCUGCGGCCGGAGUCUUUGAAGGCCGUUUCCCGCCCGUCGGCGGACCGGCACCUGGCUCGACGACCCGUCCCGGCCAUGCAGCCACAGCAGCAGCAGCCCUCGGCCCGCGAGCAGGACACCCGCACCAAAAGCAUGUUCGUGUCGCGGGCCUUGGAGAAGAUCCUCUCCGAAAAGGAGGCGAAGCGGCCCCCGCACGGACAGCUGCGGAGAGCCUGCCAAGUGGCGCUGGAUGAAAUAAAAGCAGAACUCGAAAAGCAAAGCCAAGGCAAUGUAACUACCCCAAAAGCAAACUUCAUUGAAGCAGAUAAAUAUUUCCUGCCAUUUGAAUUGGCCUGCCAGUCAAAGUCCCCGCGGAUUGUCAGCACCUCCUUGGACUGCUUGCAGAAACUCAUUGCAUAUGGACAUAUCACUGGUAAUGCACCUGACAGUGGAGCUCCUGGAAAACGCCUGAUAGACAGGAUAGUUGAAACAAUCUGCAAUUGUUUUCAGGGUCCCCAAACUGAUGAAGGUGUGCAGCUACAAAUAAUAAAGGCUCUUCUUACUGCUGUCACAUCCCCAUAUAUAGAAAUUCACGAGGGAACAAUUCUUCAGACCGUUAGAACUUGCUAUAAUAUCUAUCUAGCCAGUAAAAAUCUCAUCAAUCAAACAACUGCCAAGGCUACCCUCACUCAGAUGUUGAAUGUUAUUUUCACAAGGAUGGAAAACCAAGCUAUACAAGACGCUAGAGAAUUAGAAAAAACAAAUCCACAAAAAUGCCACUCUCCCAUGAUUUAUUCUGCGUCAGGGUCUCCAAAGUUUGGCCGGUUGCAAUAUAACCUGCAGGAGAGCAAACCUUCAACUCCUGUAAAAGCCGAUCUGGCUAACGGUGAGCCAGAAAGUACCGAAAACGGGGAGCAGAAGCCAAAGAACGAUUUGACUCCUCCAGCAUUCGAAGAAGAAACUGAUGGAUGCAAACAGAUUAUUAAAGAAAUCUUGGAGGAUGUGGUCACUUCAGCAGUUAGAGCCUCUUUAGAAGAAGAAGCAAAAAAGCAGGCUGUUUCUGAAUCGGGCAGAGUGUCGUCUGAACUGGAAACUGUAGCCCCUGCCUCUCCCAGUGGUACUAAUGAAAAUGCACAAGCAAAUGGGAUUCCAGAUGAUAGACAGUCAGUUUCUUCCACAGAUAACCUGGAAACAGAUGUCCCUGGACCACAAGCAGCUGCCAAGUUCUCCCAUAUCCUUCAGAAGGACGCCUUCCUUGUGUUCCGGUCGUUGUGCAAACUUUCCAUGAAACCGCUUGGUGACGGCCCACCAGAUCCCAAGUCCCAUGAGCUACGCUCUAAGAUAGUGUCCCUCCAGCUGCUUCUCUCAGUUUUGCAAAAUGCUGGCCCAGUCUUCCGGACGCAUGAAAUGUUUAUAAAUGCAAUCAAGCAAUAUCUCUGUGUAGCAUUAUCCAAAAACGGGGUGUCUUCUGUUCCUGAUGUCUUUGAGCUGUCUCUUGCCAUCUUCCUCACCCUUCUUUCUAAUUUUAAGACCCAUUUAAAAAUGCAGAUUGAGGUGUUUUUCAAAGAAAUCUUCUUGAACAUUUUAGAAACCUCUUCCAGUUCUUUUGAGCACAAAUGGAUGGUGAUUCAGACCUUGACUAGAAUUUCUGCAGAUGCCCAAUGUGUAGUGGACAUAUAUGUUAACUAUGACUGUGAUUUGAAUGCUGCUAAUAUUUUUGAAAGGCUAGUAAACGACCUGUCUAAAAUUGCACAAGGACGGAGUGGACAUGAAUUAGGAAUGACACCUCUACAAGAACUCAGCCUAAGGAAGAAAGGCCUUGAAUGUUUAGUCUCUAUUUUAAAAUGCAUGGUAGAAUGGAGCAAAGAUCUAUAUGUGAACCCCAACCAUCAGGCCAGCCUUGGUCCUGAUAAGUCUUCUGAUCAGGAAAUGGGUGAAGGCAAAUGUUUGGAGAUGGGAGGAAGAAGAAGCAGUGCCAGUUCCUUGGACUCAACGAUCUCCUCAGGAAUCGGGAGUGUCGGCACCCAGACCGCUCUCCACGAUGACCCCGAGCAAUUUGAGGUUAUCAAGCAACAAAAAGAGAUCAUUGAACAUGGGAUUGAAUUGUUUAACAAAAAAUCGAAGAGAGGGCUGCAGUACUUACAGGAGCAGGGAAUGCUUGGCGUAACGGUAGAAGAUAUAGCACAGUUUCUGCACCAAGAAGAACGCCUCUGUUCUAGCCAAGUGGGAGAAUUUCUGGGGGACAGCAACAAAUUUAACAAGGAAGUGAUGUACUCCUACGUGGACCAGCUUGAUUUCUGUGGAAAGGACUUUGUUUCUGCUUUGCGGAUAUUUCUGGAAGGAUUUAGGUUACCUGGCGAAGCCCAGAAGAUUGAUAGGCUCAUGGAAAAAUUUGCUGCGAGAUACAUUGAAUGCAACCAAGGACAAACUCUCUUCGCUAGUGCUGACACUGCCUACGUUUUAGCAUAUUCUAUUAUAAUGCUGACAACAGACUUGCACAGUCCUCAGGUGAAGAACAAGAUGACUAAAGAGCAAUACAUAAAAAUGAAUCGUGGCAUCAAUGACAGUAAGGACCUUCCAGAGGAUUAUUUGUCUACUAUCUAUGAUGAAAUAGAAGGAAAGAAAAUAUCAAUGAAGGAUACAAAAGAAUAUGCAAUUGCAACUAAAUCCACUAAACCAAAUGUAGCCAGCGAGAAGCAGCGACGGUUGUUGUACAACCUGGAGAUGGAGCAGAUGGCAAAGACUGCUAAAGCUCUGAUGGAGGCAGUAAGCCAUGCGAAGGCCCCUUUUACUAGCGCUACUCACCUGGACCACGUCAGGCCCAUGUUCAAACUCGUGUGGACUCCAUUGCUGGCUGCUUAUAGUGUCGGCCUUCAGAACUGCGAUGACACCGAAGUUGCGUCCUUGUGCUUGGAAGGAAUACGAUGUGCUAUACGAAUCGCCUGCAUUUUUGGCAUGCAGCUUGAAAGAGACGCUUACGUGCAAGCUCUUGCCCGCUUUUCCUUGUUGACUGCCAGUUCCAGCAUCACAGAAAUGAAACAAAAGAACAUAGAUACAAUCAAGACUCUAAUUACUGUGGCUCACACUGAUGGCAACUAUCUAGGGAAUUCCUGGCAUGAGAUCUUGAAAUGCAUCAGCCAGUUGGAGCUGGCACAACUCAUUGGCACUGGAGUGAAAACACGCUACCUCUCUGGGUCUGGACGGGAAAGAGAAGGGAGCCUCAGAGGUUUCACCUCUGGAAGUGAAGAGUUCAUGGGGCUUGGACUAGGCAACCUUGUGGGCGGAGGAGCUGAUAAAAGGCAAAUAGCCAGUAUUCAAGAAUCUGUUGGAGAAACCAGUUCACAAAGUGUGGUGGUGGCAGUGGACAGAAUAUUUACUGGGUCAACAAGACUGGAUGGAAAUGCAAUCGUUGACUUUGUUCGAUGGCUGUGUGCUGUUUCCAUGGACGAGUUGGCUUCCCCUCACCAUCCUCGCAUGUUCAGCUUACAGAAGAUUGUUGAAAUCUCCUACUACAAUAUGAGUCGAAUUAGGCUGCAGUGGUCCAGGAUAUGGCAUGUGAUUGGAGAUCAUUUCAAUAAGGUUGGUUGUAAUCCUAAUGAAGAUGUGGCCAUAUUUGCAGUUGAUUCAUUGAGACAGCUGUCAAUGAAGUUUCUUGAAAAGGGAGAGCUGGCCAACUUCCGGUUCCAGAAGGACUUUCUGAGACCCUUUGAGCACAUAAUGAAGAAAAACAGAUCUCCGACGAUUCGUGACAUGGUGAUUUGCUGCAUCACUCAGAUGGUGAAUUCUCAGGCUGCUAAUAUCCGCUCAGGGUGGAAAAAUAUUUUUGCAGUAUUUCAUCAGGCAGCAUCAGAUCAUGAUGGGAAUAUUGUGGAGUUGGCAUUCCAGACAACAGGGCACAUAGUUACCAAUAUUUUUCAACAGCACUUUCCUGCAGCAAUAGAUUCCUUCCAGGAUGCCGUGAAAUGUUUAUCAGAGUUUGCUUGUAACGCUGCAUUUCCAGACACCUGUAUGGAAGCAAUUAGAUUGAUCCGGUUUUGUGCUAAAUAUGUUUCAGAAAGACCUCAGGUUCUGAGAGAAUACACAAGCGAUGACAUGAACGUGGCUCCUGGAGAUAGAGUUUGGGUCCGAGGAUGGUUUCCUAUUUUAUUUGAGCUUUCUUGUAUUAUUAAUCGGUGUAAGCUAGAUGUACGCACAAGAGGCCUAACGGUUAUGUUUGAAAUUAUGAAGAGCUACGGGCAUACCUUCGAGAGGCAUUGGUGGCAGGAUCUCUUCCGUAUUGUGUUUAGGAUAUUUGAUAACAUGAAGCUACCAGAGCAGCAAACGGAGAAAUCUGAAUGGAUGACCACUACGUGUAAUCAUGCACUUUACGCCAUCUGUGACGUGUUCACACAGUUCUACGAAGCUUUGAAUGAGAUUCUUCUUUCUGACAUAUUUGCACAGUUACACUGGUGUGUAAAACAAGAUAAUGAGCAGCUGGCUCGAUCAGGUACCAACUGCCUAGAAAGCCUGGUAAUAUUAAAUGGGGAAAAAUUCAGUCCAGAUGUUUGGGACCAGACCUGCAAUUGUAUGCUAGAGAUUUUCAAAACUACAAUUCCUCAUGUGUUGCUGACAUGGAGGCCGGCAGGAAUGGAAGAUGAUUCGUCUGAAAAGCACUUGGAUGUGGACCUGGAUCGCCAGUCUUUAAGCAGCAUUGAUAAAAAUGCUUCAGAAAGAGGUCAAAGCCAAUUUUCAAAUCCCACAGAUGAAAGUUGGAAAGGUGGCCCUUAUUCGAACCAGAAACUCUUUGCCAGCCUCCUCAUCAAAUGUGUGGUGCAACUGGAACUGAUUCAGACCAUUGACAACAUAGUAUUUUACCCAGCAACUAGCAAGAAGGAAGAUGCUGAGCAUUUGGCUGCAGCUCAGAGGGAUACCCUAGAUGCAGACAUCCACAUUGACACCGAAGAUCAAGGAAUGUACAAAUACAUGUCUUCACAACAUCUUUUCAAGUUGCUGGACUGUCUGCAAGAGUCUCAUUCAUUCUCAAAAGCUUUUAAUUCAAAUUACGAACAACGGACUGUCCUGUGGAGAGCUGGAUUCAAAGGUAAAUCAAAACCCAAUCUUUUAAAACAAGAGACAAGCAGUUUGGCUUGUUGCCUGAGAAUCCUUUUCCGAAUGUAUGUCGAUGAAAACCGCAGAGACUCUUGGGAUGCUAUACAAGAGAGACUUCUGAAUGUAUGCAGUGAAGCACUGGCCUAUUUUAUUACCGUGAACUCAGAAAGCCACAGAGAGGCCUGGACUAAUCUCCUACUGCUGCUUUUAACAAAAAUACUUAAAGUCAGUGAUGAAAAGUUUAAAGCUCACGCGUCAACGUAUUAUCCCUAUCUCUGUGAAAUAAUGCAGUUUGACCUGAUCCCAGAGCUUCGAGCCGUGUUGCGGAAGUUCUUCUUGCGUAUAGGGGUAGUAUUCAGAAUCUGGAUUCCCGAAGAACAGUUACGGACAACUGGGACCCAUUCACUUGCAUGGUAGCUCCAUGGCUGCUCUUUUCUAAAGCUUGAGUGAAAUUUAUUUAAAGAAUGAUGACAGGAGGAGAGAAAUUCAUCACUACUAGGUCUGUCUGAAGAAAAGGAAGAAGAAAAACAUUGAGAGCCACAGGGUUAAACUGAUCAAGCUGGUGUUUCUGAAGAAAAACUUGUCUUUUCCGAUUCUGGCUGCCCUAUAAAAAUAGCUGUUAGCAUUUUCACAAUUUAAAUCAGUAAAUGUCCAGUCAUUCUUAUCCACUAAGCUUGUCUCUUCAGAUCUGUUUGCAACGGUUCCCUCUUUUAAUGCCUUCUAGUGAAUUCCCCUUAAUCUGCUGGAAAUGAUUAAUGAAUGGAAACUAAUUUCCACAGAUAAUAUUGAAUAAAUACGUGUAGGUUUGUGAUAUAUUACAAAUAUAUUAAUAGUUAAGAAAUGGGGGAAAUCAUGCCGGAAUCAUUCUCUUUUUCUUAUUGUUCCGCAUCCAAUUUUAAAAUGAUCUAUGUGUUUAUACCGGGUCCUUUUUUCAAAUGGUUUGGGGCAGUCUCUUCUGUAAACACAUGGCAAGAAGGCAUUUGGGCAGUCUGAGCCAGCAAAAACCCAAGGCAGUCUUUUUCUGCACCCAUAUAUAUUGCCAGCUGUGUGUUACAGAAUACAUGCAGAAAGGUGAUGCUUGGGUAACCCAUAUUGGAUCAGUGUGUAGCUGAUAGUUCUUUUUUCACCACCCCUUGAUACUGGGAAAGUAUCUAUACCUUAUUCUCCAAGUUCAACAAAGUCACAUGUAGAGAUAUAGUUACAAAAGUAACCCCCCCCCCAUAAAAAAAAACAGCACAAGACCAUUAUCAUAGCUCUUAAUCCAGUUUGAAAUCUCUGAUCGUUUGAGUGGGAAAGUCCAUUGAGAGCUUUGGGAAUUCUUCUGAUUCUUUAUAUUUAAUCCCAUGAAGCAAAUGAUAAAUAACUCUUUGAAAUACACAUGGAAUGAAUUAAAAUUUGUACUGGCUGAUCAAACCCCUUUCCCUUUUUGAGUAGUUACCUAGAGUAGCAUUUGGGUAGGAACAAUCUACAUCUUUAAUGUGCAUCAAGAUAUAUUCUAUUUUUACUGUGGAGCUGAGAGAGAUGGUUGUUUAAUUGCUUAGAUAGCACUGAUUAUCAACGGUGGUGUGAAGAAGAAAAAUCUGGUUCCUUUUUGGGACCACCUGAUUUAUUAAUAUAAGUGCACAUGUACCUGCAACAAAAGCCUGUUCGUUGGGUGGGUGGGUGCGUGGGAGUAAAUAGGAAAUGAAUUUGGAGUUUUAUCAGUGCAGUUCUUUCAGCUCUUCUGAUUUUGCAGCUGCACGUUGUUGUUUUUUCUUUUGUAAGUCCGCAUUUUAGUAUCCUUGGCCCACUGAAGGCAAUAGUCGUUUUGUAAGGACAGCAGGGCAGCACCUGCGUGGUUUGUAUUCCACUCUGAUGUAAUGAGUAUUUUAUUUGUAUGAAAGGGGAAGAAGCUGGAUUCUGUCCCAGUGUAUUAAAACUGCAAUUGCAAAAGUAUUAUCAAUUAUAUUUUAUGCUAGCCAUAUCUCCAAAUGAGGACUGUAAGAGUGUUAAAAUGGGUGGUGUCAUGAAUCUUAAUUCUAAACAAAGUUCUUUUCAAGUGAAUGCCUUUGAAGAAUGGUGGCUUCUGAGUUAAAAUGAAUUUAACAUUAGAAGCCAGCGUGCUUGAUAUUGGAGGGCCAGAUUGUUGGCUAGAUUUUUUUAAUCAUACUGGUGCUCUCUUUUUCUGUCAACUUAACUUUUGUUUAUAGCCGAGCAAUCUGUUCUACAGUUCUUUUGUUUUGGGGUCAUCAGUAGGAUGAAUGAAAACUUUUUCUGAGAUUUAAUUUCUUUACCAAAGAAUUUUACAUGACAAAUGCAGAAUUUUGUCCCAUGUAAAGUAUGCAACAGCUGACUUAUAAGAAAUGGAUCGUAGUAGCAUUUAUUUACAGGCAAAAGGUUAAGUAAAAAACAACAACCAGGAGUUUAUCUUUCUUCUGCAAGGAAAGCAAUUCAGACUUUUAUGUUUUCCAAUUAGAGAAGUGAGAAUUCAGAAUUUAGAGAGGUCUUUCACAAAAUAACGCAAGAAAUGGUUUAUUUUUAUAUUGAAUUUUUUAAUUCCUUGCUCCACAUUCUUCUUGUAAUUGGAUUAUUUAUUUAUUUUUCGCUGUUAUUAAUGUGUAGUAAAAACUGUAGCUUGGUCCCAUCCCUAUUUGUCAAACAUUACUUGUUCAAAUUUGCAUCUAUUUGACUCGCUUGAGGAACCGUGGCAGCAUUACAACUAAUCUUUCAAAAUUUGAAUGAGAAGUGCAAUACAUAUGGUAUCUUCCAAAUCUUUGCAAUGUAAAAUACUGUGACGCUUUAUAUCUAUAUAUAUAUGAGAUAUUUGCUUAUAUGUAGAAUAUUCUGAUCAUAAAGCGUACAGCCUUUUAAAAGCCUUAGAGUUAAAUGACUUUAUUUACUUAGGAAUGCUGUGUAUAACAGUCAGCAGUCGCAUUUUCAAAUGGCUGUACUUAAAAGAUACUUGGGAAGUAAAUUCUAGAUUUACCAUGUGUGUUAUCCAGGAAUGGAAAGAGACUUCAUAACAGCCUUAUUCCAACUGUUUCUGAAAGUUUCUGUGUGUAUUAGAUUUGUAGAGAGUGGUGCUGUAGUACAUGUAAUGUCUGAGUGUGUUCUUACAGUGGCUGUUUCUCCAGUAUACUCUAUUCUCCCCCCUUUUUUUCCCCUUGGUAACACCAAGCUCCACGAACAAUGACAUGAAUUCUCCCCAGAAAUCAUUUCUGCUAACCUUACAAUGCCAUUGCCCAUGUAGUCAUGGCUGACAGAUCAAGAGCAAAAACCAUCAGCUCACAUGACACACAGGUGCCCUUUGUCCUGGCCAAUGCAAUCUCCUCUUUCUCUCUUUCCGUCCUUGAAAGAUUUGAUCAUUGUUAAAGGCUGUGUCUACAAUUGUGCUUAAUCACAGUGAACAUUAAUAGACUUUCUUCUAACCCUGGUUGGCAAACCUGCUUCAAACCGUGAAUCAAAGACACAUACCUCAGAUAAUAGUUAGUUCCAGUGCAGUUGUAAUAGCAAAACAUGACUGAAGCAGAAAAGGGGAGAAAUUUAUACUAGAGAAGAAAAGAAUGCAGAAAUCCACAGCCUGCUCCUGAUCUCUUAACCAUCAUUGCAUCAUUACUGCAGUGGGCCACACAGUACCCUUUUAAUAUUUUAAAUAGAAUAAAUAUUCACAAGUUCUGGUUACUGAAAGCCAUGCUACAAAUGGGUAUUUAAAAUACAGACCUACAGAAUAUCCAGACUGACAUGAAGACUUUUCAUUCUGUCAAUACUGAAGUGGCAGCUUAAACAGGUAAGAAAGAAGAGGACAAACCUGUUGAUGACAGAAGCCCUUAAGAUAACUUUAAUUUUAAUCCUUGCAUUAUUAUCUGGUGGCACAAAGCAACUUUUUUAUUCUUUUGCAUCCCAUAUGGAAGGGAGCUUUUAUUUAUGCAAAUUGUAAAACAUGGAACAAAUGCCCAGUACAGUUCCUUUAAUACGACUUCACAGCAGGACUACAGGCCACAGAUGUCAUAACCCUGCGUAUUUGCACACAAGCUGGCUUAGUUUUAAUUUUUAAAAGAUGGAGUCAGAUUAGGUAAAAUAGUUUGUCCAUUGUAUUUUAUAAGGGCAGUUUGGUCAGUGCUGAGGUUAAUGUAAGCCAAUGUAAGUGGCCAGUAAAAGUUUUCCCCGAAAUAUUUUAGAACCAACGAAAUGAUGAGAUGUGAUCCAUGGCUUUUGAAGCAAACAACAAAAUAGUCAUCUGUGAGAGGUGCAAUUCCCUCAUUGUCUUGACACUUUGUCUAGCAUAUCUUUGCAACUUUAAAUAAAAUAGACUUUGUGCAAAUGUAUGUUUUAUCUCUAUAAUGCCUAAAAUAAGUUACAAGCUACUUUUUUCUUAAGAGAUCUUCUAUUAUGAAGUGCAUUUAAUAUCAUUAAGUUAAUGAAAAGCAUUCCUUGCCCGAUGGAUGUAUACAUUUUUGAGAGAAUAGCAGAAUAAUUAUAUAAUAUGAAAAGUGAUGUAAAGUUUUUUACAUAAAAUAUAUAUAAUACUGUUGUAUUCCAUGCUUUAAUCAGGUGGUAAAUAAAGUUUAAAAACAAGCAA